AGGCGCGAUAUAAGCGUGGAAUAUUGAAAUCUUGCGACGUAAAUCGUGGAAAAUGGUUAUUUAAAUCCUGGCUAUCACCGGGGUCACGGAACUUUAUCGUGGAGUGGCUAUUUUAUCGGAACGUUGUACGUUGCCAUUGCCCAGGUUUGCCACGCCAUUGUUGUGCGAGACAAAGUCCUGGGUCACGAGGUCGAAGUCGAGCGACAACGUGGACCGAUCGUCGGCUGCCUGGAUCCGCAUGCAAAGACUGAAGUGUUGCAACAACCACGACUACUGCAACGCUGAUCGAAACGUGAACGCGUCCACGAGGAUCCACGACAAAGACAGGCCCGAUCCCGUCAAUUCUACUUUAGACUAUAAUGGUUCCUUUAAUGGGAUGUCGUCGAGCCGAGACGUAAUGGGAUCGAUCGAGCCUGAUCCAGGCCCGAUCGCCGAAGGACGGGAAUCGUCAGAUCCGUUUCACGAGAAUCGCGUUAAGCCGCUUCUCGUCGCAGCUCUGGUCUUGGCGAUCGCUGCCCUCACAUCGGUCCUAGCCGCAUGCUACGUUAUUACAAGAUUAUUGAAAACGAACCUGUACACCGUCAGAAACGAGGAAUUCAUUCACGUUUCUUAGAGACGUUCGAUUCGAACGAAUCAGGAUGAUGGAUCGUGUGGCGCCAAAUCGACGCGAGGAAACGAACGUGGGAUAUCCUGCGGUUUCAAGAGUCAUCGAAUGCAUGACGAAGCUCGACGAGGGACAGUUUUGGGCAAACAACUCGGUGAAAUCCUUUGUUUCGAGCGGUAUGACUAACAUCGAGCCUCUCGUUCUCGAAUUCCGUCCUCCCUGUUCUACGGGGUUUGAAACCAGGUGCUUGGAUCGUAAUUAGUCAUCCUUAAAACACUCGUCACGCAGAGGAAAACGAGGAAAUAUGUAGCAGGAAGGAAGCAGGAAGGAAGGGGAAAAGGAAGGAAACGAAUAAUCUGUGUGAAAAUCUGUGCGAAAAGUCGGGCAUAUUCGGGAAUAUUUUUACGCGAUGUAACGAAUUGCGUGCAACAUAAAUGUGGUAAAAUGUCGACUGUGAAAGUAAAUUUAACUGUAGCCAAGAACUGUCGAAACCGAUGUGCGGUAUCUAACGCGAUAAGAUAAAUUAUUAUGCGUAAAACAAACUGCAUUCCCGUUUUACAGGAUUUACUGUUCUGCUGUGAUUGUACGUCUCUACGGUUCUUAUGCAUAAGAAGCUUAUAGAAUAAAGCGGAUCUUGAUUUACAUAUA